CAAAAGUCCUCGCAGGGAUGGAUCGCGCAUGUACCUGGAUGGUAGCCGUGAGUGGGUGUCUCGCCUUCUCCAGGCUUCCGUAGGAUUCCUUCACUGUCUGUUUUGCGGUGACAGAGCAGCAUCGCCGCACAGCAAACUAUGGACGAGAUUAACAACAUUGAAGUCGUUCCCUGCACAGAGUCCGACUACCUAAAGCCGUUUAGGGUGCACUACAACCAGAACGGCACAAAAAAGUCCUGGGACUUCAUGCGAACCCAUGACAGCGUGUCCGUGCUGAUAUUCAACACCACCUCCCACUGUUUUAUUCUUGUGAAGCAGUUCCGUCCAGCUGUAUACAUGUGUGAGUCUGAAAGGAUCAAGACGCAACAAUGUCAGGCCCCUGAAAAAUCAGAAGAGGGGGCCACCGAAGCACUAGCAUCAGGCUCUGAGAGUCAGGAAGGCCAGGUGGAAAGAGAAGGGGAGAGCUCAUUCGCGUGGCCGCCGGCUGCCACAGGAAUCACAUACGAGCUUUGCGCCGGGCUGGUAGACAAGCCUAACCUCUCCUUGGAAGAGAUCGCCAGACAGGAAGUGUUGGAGGAGUGUGGCUACGAUGUGCCAGCUUCCAAAUUGAAGCGGAUUACUUCUUACAGGUCUGGCGUGGGAGUCACGGGUUCCAAGCAGACGAUGUUUUACGCAGAGGUAUCUGAUGACAAUUGCGUGAGUGCAGGCGGAGGUGAGCCGCAGGAGGGCGAGCUCAUUGAGGUGGUCAAAGUCCCAUUGCACGAAGCCAUGACCUUUGCCUACAACGAGCGCAUUCCCAAGACCAUGGGCGUCAUAUUUAGCUUCAUUUGGUUCCAUAACAACAUGUCUCCGAAGUAUAAGAUCUCCACCAAUGUGUAAUCACUAUUAACUUUUAUGUCAAAUACUGGCCCAGCACAGCUACUCAUCUCCUCAUGCCCCUCACUUUUUUUUUUUUUUUUUAUAAAUGCCAGACAGGUGGACGUCUACCAUCGUGUAUUUUUACAUUUUGCCCUCUUAAACAUGUAUGUGAUGUCCAUAUUUUUCCUCAAAGCAAACUGCCUCAGUCGGCUGUCUCUUGCACUUUUCUCUUUGUUUUUUUUUUCUUUAAAUGUAUGUCACCAUUAAUCAAGGUGGCAGCAUAUCACUGAUUUUAUAUGCUGCCCCUAGAGUAAAUGAAUGCUCUGCUGCUUUUGUGAGAAAUCUUCACCUGCUAUUCCAGAGCCAUCAUUCAGACACCUCAUACAUUUGCUGGUCUCAUUUUUAUACUGUCGAGUCAUCCUUUGAAUGGAGAGUUUCUUUUCAGCAACAUUGUGCACCUGGUUGGUUUCAUUCCAUAUUGGAAAGCAAAAUGUGCCCUUUGAAUGCCAUUAUUACUCCAGAUGCAGUGAACAACAGUUCCGCCCUCCUUUAUGAACAUUGCUUGUCAUGGUAAUUGUUUUAUCAUGUUGUUAACAAAGACUCAAAUAAUUUUCCAACAAUUAACAAAGUCUACCAAACUAGCAAUCAAUCGAAAUGACAUUUGCUGACAUAAUGGCUCAAUCGAAAAACCCUAAACCAAUUUUUGCUUUUAGCAUACUGUUGCUCAGCACAGUUAGCUUAAAUAUGCCCCAUUAUGGAAACAUGUCUUGCUUGUAUAGAAACCUACGGAACCCCAGACAUGAUUUCGUGAGCACAAAUUACUACUUUUUGCGGACAAACUACUACUUUGUGCGCAAGAACUAGUGCUGUGUGUACAUGAACUACUACUUUAUGUGCACAAAACGAUUUCGUGUGCACAAAGUACUAGUAUGUGCUCACAAAAUAGUUAUAGGGUGUGCGCGAAGUAGCGGCAGCUCUAUAUGGGACAAGUGUUAAGAAAUUGAGCGUACCUUCUUUCUAAGGUGAAUGUUCAGGCAAGGCUAAAUGUUGUAGACUACAUGAUGGAAAGGGAUACCGUGAUCGAAUUUUAUUUUAGGCUGGGGACCACCUACAAAGGCAACCUGAAACGUUUGGCAUUGGAAGGAAUCAUUAUUACCAAAACGCAUUUAAAUAGACUCUCGAAGGUAUGACUUGGACGCUAGGCUCUAUUUUGUUGUUCAUCAACUGCGAAGCUCUGGAAAGGAUAAUGGUUACCAGUGGAUGUAUAUGAGAUGUAAACAGAAUAAUAUUACAAUAUGUAAAGAAGAAAUUCAAGUCAUCCUCUCUCAGCUGGACCCCAUCGGAUCCCAAGCUUGGUGGACCUGAUGACUAAGUAGCAGGCAAUAUUUUGCAGACUUGACCUAACAUUUUGUGGCACAUAUUCAUACGACAAAUUGGGAUAUGCGUUAAUGGCUGUAUCGACGGGUUUUCUCGCAAUGUCAUUUGACUGCAGGCUGUUCUCCCUACCAGCGACUCAAAAGUUAUCGUGGGUACUUUGUGGAAGCAGCGGAAUGCUGUGGCGUAUUCUCCAGGCUUGUUCGAAGUGACGUAGGCACAGAGAACGUCGUGGUCAGAGACAUUACGCAGAAAUGACAUUGAUGAUAGAGCAGCGAAGAGAAGUUAUAUUGCAGGGGCAAGUACCGCAAACCAGAGAAUUGAGAGCUGGUUGGGAAUGAUGAGAAAAUAAAGAAUCGAACCGUGGAUCACUCUUCUUGAAGAACUAAAGGAUGAAGGAUUCGUCACUUGGGAUUUCGUUGACAAAUCCUUGUCACAAUUGUGCUUUCUGGCAAUCAGGCAAAAAUAAUGUUAUGUAGUAGUAGUAAGUACCAUUAUGAUCGCAGCAGGAAACCCCAAAACUUGACUAUCAACUCUAAAAAAAUCUUAGACAUUUAAACUGUAUAGUGUAUUCAUCAAGGGUUUCUGAUGCUAUUUCUGAUAAAAUAGAAAGGUGACAUGACUUUCUAAGACACAAUGAACAACGAAGCAGCACGCAACCCAUGACAGGGACAACGAACCAGCAAUAACUGAAAGAAAACUGAGUUAAAUACAGACUAACGAGACGAGAAACUCCCUGACCAGGACACUAGUGGCUUGAAGAAACUGAUUGGUCAACACAAUGGAGGAGGGCCAUCAAGAUCAGGUGGACAGAACUGACAAAAUGAGCACACAAGACAUUGAACAAAGGAAAAAGGUGGGAGCCGCUUGUCGGCCGGACCAGAAGCCGAAGGUGACUCCCGCUGGUGGAGUGCAACUGCCACAGGAGCUGAAGAUUGCGGCCACUGGUGGAGUGCUGCCAGCUUGAGAUGGCAGCCACAGGUCGUGCGUCGCUGGAACAUAAGAAGGAGGUGGCGGGCUCAUGAUUGGUCAACACAAGGGUGGAGAGCAAACAAGAUCAGGUUGGGACAACCAACACAGUCAGCACACUAAACAUGGAACAGAAGAAAAACAAAACAAACCCAACCCAACCAAAACUGGGAACAUGACAGGAAGCGCCAUCAACAAUUCCAUGGCAGUUUGCUGAAUCUAAAUUUUUGUUUUCCACCAGCAGAUCCUCAAUUUCCUAAUUCUGUGCAUUUUUAUUGGGCUGGGUUAGUGUGUGAUCUGUCUCCUUUCCUGCUGAGGGUUGCUGUUCUGUCUUCUUUUUGGUACACAGAUAAAGUCUCAGAAAUUGGACCUUGCUUUGGCAGUACAGCUCCUCUACUGUAUUGACAUGUCAAGAUGCAUCUGUGAACUCUCAAUGUGAGUUCAAUAGUGUGUAAGCCUUGUGUUUCUUUGUCAAUGCCUUCAGGGGAAAAAAAGAUUUUCAGCCUGAAAUUAGAUACCUGAUGUAGAAUUUGAUAAUCAAGUACUUUUAGAUUUUGUGCUUGUCUGCAAUUACAUCAGAUCUCUGAGUGAUACAACACACGAUCAUUCAACUGCGUAAGGACAGUGUGGAAACAGUUUUCUUGUUAGUGAGAUAUAUUAAAUACUCUAUUUACUUCCUGUGUACACAUUUCUUCACCGAUUUGAACCAUCGCUUGAAACUUGAAGUCAACUUACAGUUUCAGAUUCUAUAUUACAAAAAUAAUUAUUUCUACAGUGCACUAUUUCAGUUUGGUGACUAAUACUCAGCAUUCAAGCAGAAAUUUUACUGAAAAUGCAUUCUUUAAUUUUGCUAUAUUUACUGGUCUACCAUUAAAUUAGCUACUAAUUCAUGCACACGAACUCAUAUUUUUUUUUCAUGUCUGGGGCUCUGUAGAAAUCAUGCAUCAAGCGUGAAAUUAUAUUAACCUUGACGAACAUGCAUGUAUAAAGAAGCCUUAAGUCUUUGUCCUUUGGGUAUUUUGAUUAUUGUUUCACUGAUAUGUUAUUAAAACUCUUAACUGUUUUCAAUUGGGGGGGGGUGUUAUGCAAAAUAUGUCUCUUUAAAGCACACUUGUGUUUUUUGUGAAUACCAAACACUGAUACAUUACAGUAAUACAUUUACACCUUUCGCAGAGCCUACCUUUUAAUUAAAUGUCUAUUUACAAAAUAUCUCACUUAGCUUGGAUUGUAAUCAUAUAAGUUGGUUUGGGAGGGAUGUCAACUCUCAAAUUGUCUUUCGGUAUAACGUAAUGAAAUAUAGUUGGGAUGUUCACACAAAAACAGAAUCGUUCUUAACGAAUCAAAGCAGCAGUUUGCUAAAAGCUCAGCUCCAAAUAUGAAAAUGCUUAUUCCUGUUGACGGAUGAUGACGGUCUGGAACGGUGACCAAUAUUUAACAUCACAUUUCAAAUUCACUUGCAGCAAAGUUUCAAUCUUCUCACGAUCUGGGGGAAAAAGGGCUGGUACCACAUUAUUUUGCACUGUGUGUGAGGGGCACAGAAUUGUUCACUACAUUGUAGAGUGUUGGUGGUUCAGAUCCAGAUAACAUCAUAAAUACAUUAUUACUGAUUAUUGCUAACUGACAAUGACUGAAAGUUGGGGGGGGGAACUGUGAAACCAUGUAGGAGUUGAUUUUGGAAAUGGUCUAUGCUAUACAGUAGAUACCAUUUGAGUGUAAAAGUCAGAAUUAAUAGUUUUAGGACGUUGUGAAAAAGAACAACUGUGACAGAUCUCUUUAUGACAAUCAAUACACAUGAACUAUAAGGUAUGUCACAAUUUAAAAAAAAAAAAAAAAAAUCCUACAAGCAAUAGGAUUGUUUCACGUCUUCGUGCAAUAAUUUGGUAACGUUUGAGGUCUAGAUGCAUUGUUCUAACCUAACCUGAACUGUACCCACAUUUUCGGGUACUCUUGUCAUCGCCAUACUUUGAUCUAAGGCUCAAUAUUCAGGUUUCUGAGUGGCUUAAGCACUCACACUGGUGUUCUUGUCCACCAAAAUAUGCUGCUCGGCAAACAUUUUAGUUACCCCUAGUUGGAUCACGAUGCCCACCGUUUUGCACGGGGGUUGAAGGGCUGUGUUGAUGGGCCGUUGGAGUUUUUCUGAUAAGAAGAAGUGAAGUCUUCAAAAAAGCAAUGAUGUAGUGAUGUUACAUUGCCAGAAAUAUUCUAACAAGCUUUUCCACUGUACAGUUCGGAUCCAUGUUGGCUUCUUGACAAAACCUUUUAACCCUGUGAUGCGUGAAAAUCAAGGCCUUAGUGACCGCCAAGCACCAGAAGGUUAAAGUAUUCCUUGGCACCUGUUCUCACCAUCACUCACAGGUGUUCUUCCACCAGCUAAAUCUAUGCUCUGGUGACCAGCAGUGCAGUGGUGUUAUCUGCAGAAGUGUGCCCGUUUCUGGCUGCAGCUGUAGAAACACUGGCACCUACCAUAACUUAGAGGGACAAGAAAAAGAUAAAUGACAAACAACCAGUGCAGGAAUCAAAACUAACAGACAAGAACAUGCAGCACUACAACUGUCUAGCAGUUAACUCGGAAUUGUGCCGGACCAGAGAGCAGGUAACAAAUAAAACAAUACGCGGAUCAGAAGGAAAGUGAUCGACACCUCCUAAAGUAGAUCAUGGCAGUGAGACAAAAUGAUAAAACUGUCCGUCUAACACUCGGAACAUCACAGGGAUUAAUGAACCGAUAAUACCCAAAAACAAAACAAGAGAGUAUCAAAGCUGUCCAUUCAGUGUUCGUCAAUUGAAACACUGGGACACACAACAUGAAAAAUUAUCAAAAUUUGUCAAGUCAAGGUCCAUAAAUGUGAAUGAACGUGGUGGUAUCUCACGCACAGAGCAGCAACACAUACAAAGAGGAAACAAAUGGGACGAAUGAACGGCAAGGAGCGGAGGAACACUAUACCUCAUGUCGCCGUUGUAAAACUUCCACGCAUGGUGAGUGCGGCCAUGUCGAAUCCAAUGGGGACCAUGCAGUUGAAAAGAAUGUCCAAUCAGAUUGCGCUGAUGUUAUUCUUUUUUUUUCUCACUGUCCCUGGAGGACAAAGGCACUUGGCAUCUGCGAACUUGGAGAUUUGAUAUUCUGUGCUGUCUUUUUGGCACUAUCGGUAUUACCCAGGAUUCACACAAUUUCAAAAAUGAACCAUAAUGGACAUUUUAAUGAUUUAGAGGCUUGUUGAACAACAUGAUGUGAAAAAAUGUGGACGAAGCCUUUCCAACACGAUGACCCGUGUCUUUCUCGGCAAGAUUCUCAGUGCUUCUGGUUUUCCACAAUUUUGUUGUUUUAUGAUACGGUGACCCAAUCUUCACUGGUAUAAAAGCUGCAUGAGAAAUUGUAUGGCAACAACACCUGGGCAAAGUUGACAAAUGAAAAGUUUUGAGGUUAUUUUGGUCAGAAUCCAGUAGAUUUCCCUAAAGUAUUUCUACUCUCCUUUCAAAAAGACACAAGUGUAGGUUAGAAUACAUAAACACUAUAUACUCUUUAUAGCCAUAUUAUAAAUAUCUGAUAAGGUAUUCAGUCUUAUGUAACUGUGUUUCCAGGUACAUUCUUAUUUCCUACAGUCACUCAAUCUCAAACACGCACAGACUCACAAACUGUGUAAAAUGAUGGUUUUGGAUUGAGAUUAUUGUGCAAUAUAUUUCCUGUAAUUAUGGACAUUUGGUCUCAAAACUGUGCUACAGUCAUGCAAAAAUGUGUUGUCUUCAAAACACAUUUUAGACUAUUAGAUUUCUUAAAUGGAUGAAUGAACAGAAAAGUAGGAUUGGCUUGACAUUGAAUCAUUUUUUUUUUGUUUGCUGUCAAAUGUAAUGUGGAGUAUUGUUUUAAAUAUCAUUCUAUUUUCUAUGUGCCUGUAAGAUGUUUUUUUUUGUCUGCUUUGAUGUUUUAUCCACACCCCCACCCUACCUAACAAAUGUAUGUAUCUGUGAGUGACCUGAACUUGCUCAGCAGCUCUCAUGUUUUUCAUAUAAGGAAACUGAUUAAAUGCAAUACAUUUAGCUGCAUUAAAACCUUGAAAA